AUGUCGAACAAGGAAUAUGUCACUAUAGUUCUCGACUCAUCUGAGUAUAUGAAUUUGAAAUCAACUCAGAAUCAAACAAAGACGGAUUUUGAGCUAGGAUUACAAUUUACGUUUAAUUUUUUUAAUCAACAAUUGUUGAAAAAUAGGAAGCUGGAUAGGUAUGCUUUUGUAGUAUACACCCCUGGUGAGAUUCAAAGCGUUUACUAUAAUGAGCCACUUUCUUUGAGAGUGGUUAAGGAAUACUACAAACUUGCAGUGGAUGCACAUGAGAAGGGAGAUAGCCAUAGCCAUGGUUAUGGAAAAAACGAUAUCAUUGACGCGUUUGGUGAAGCCUUGAACAAGCAAAUAGCAAAUAAGUUUGUUAGAAGUGUUUUUGUAAUUACCAAUGGUAGAGGCAAAAUUACCGACCCUACUGCGAAAGUGGAUAAUUUCAAGCAAAUUUGUUUGAAAUAUCUGGUGAGUUGUACAUUUCUUUUAGUGGGAAAGAAGGAUAAUAAUCUAACUAGAGAUUACUUGUCACAAAUGUGCAGUGAACUCGGCGACUACUGUAAAGUUUUUGACUAUGCCGACUAUGUGGAAAACUGGCGGGCUCUUAGGCUUAUAAAUCCUCGUAGCUUGUGCGAUACUCAUAUGUCCUUUGCUUCUAUUGGUGGUAAAGAGCAAGAUACUCAAGGUAUUAAUCUCAGGGUUCAGGUUUACCCGGCAAUCAGGGUGCAAUCACAUAUUCAUGGGCAUGAUUACAUUGUAGAAGAUAAACUGUCGUCACCCACCAAGGUGAAAAGAGAUACAAGAUAUUAUAUGCUAAACGAUCCAAACAUUGCAAACGAAGUGUUUGACUACAUUAAGGACCAGACAGAGUCUAAACAAGAGAGUACGAAAUUAUAUUUGAAACGCGCCGAUGUAAAGUACGGUUUCAAGUAUACGCAAAGAGACAUCUACGCUCUUGGACCAGAGAUUGAGGAAGCUGCAACUUUAAGCACAUCAUGUGGUAUCAAUAUCCUCGGUUUCAUUAAAACCGACAGGUUAUCUAUUCCAUUUUUCUCCGAGGAAUCCUCUUAUGUGAUACCAAGCACUAAGUUUUACAGUGACAACAAAAUUGCAUUCAAUUCCUUGGUGCAAGCUUUAUUGGAGCUGAAAUCUGCAGCAAUUGUUCGCUAUGUUCAAAAGGAUUCCGAUGAGGUUCAGAUAUGUGCUGCAUUACCCCAGAAAAUCGUUAUAGAAGGGGAUAGGCAUGGGAGGGUGCUACUCAUGAUUAGACUCGCCAUGAAAGAAGACGAGAUGGUUGGACAUUUCCCAAGGUUGGAAGAAAAAGAUGAGACACUAGACAUGGAAAUGGAAAAGCUCAUUUCCAUCAAAACUCUUGCUAACGACAAUACUAAACCCGAUGAGCUUGACAAUCCAAAAUGUGGUUUAACACAGUCGAAAGCAAGUGUAGAGCGUGUAACUAAAGACACGCCAUUAGAAAGAAUACUUUUAUCAACGUGUCCAGCAACAAAACGGUUCAAUUAUUAUGUUGAAAAAAUUUUAUAUCAAGCCUUGAGCAAAUCGUCCCUAACCGAUUUUCUUGGUGAAGAAAACUUUGUUGAAAAGUAUUUAACAAAGGACGAAGCACAUACGCUAUUUAACAUGGAUAAUAUAUUGGAUGCAAAGCAGGCUCAUUUGUAUUCACACCGAGAGCUAAAAGAGGCAGAUGUUAUUAGCAAGACUUUAAGGAAACGGCUCGAAACUAAGUACAAAUUGAAGGAAGCGCAACCUAAGAAGAAAAGAAAAUUCAUGCCUGUAUUUGGAGUGGAGAAUAAUGACGGAAAUUUCGAUGAGUAUUUUGACGUUGAUGAUAUGCUAGCUUAA